AUGGAGCUAAAAGAACACCUACAGCCACAUGCAGUACUCGUACCACUUCCUCUUCAAGGCCAUAUAACUCCAUUCACACAUCUCGCCAUGAAGCUCGCCUCAAAAGGUUUUACCAUCACCUUUGUCAACACAGAAUCAACUCACCAGAAGAUAGCUAAAGCUCAGUCACUUAAAGAUGACGACAACCCUUUCUCCCACGGACAGAAAUGCGGUCUUGACAUUCGAUAUGCCAAAAUUAGUGAUGGUUUUCCUCUGAGUUUCGAUUGGAGUGCCAAUGCAAGCCAGUUUGUGGAAGGUCUCAUUCAUGUUUUCCAAGCUCAUGUGGAUGACUUCAUUGAAAAUCUAGUCCUCUCAAAACCAAACCCGCCAAUUUCUUGUAUAAUAGCUGAUAGUUUCCACGUAUGGGGAUCAACGAUUGCCGAGAAAUAUAAUCUUGUCAAUGUUUCAUUUUGGACUGAGCCAGCAACAGUGCUUACAGUCUACUAUCACAUGGACCUGCUCAAGAGUAAUGGCCACUUUGGGUGUCAUGAUAAGUGUGAAGACACCAUUACAUACAUACCUGGAGUCCAAGCCAUUGAACCAACAGAUUUACCUUCAUAUUUUCAAGAUGCUGAUCCAAGCACCGUGAUGCACCGUUUUGUGUUCAAGUGUCUUGAAGAUGCACAGAAAGCAGACUUUGUCAUCAGUAAUACAGUGCAAGAGCUAGAGUCUUCACCUAUCUCGGCCUUGCAAAAGAAGCAGCCCUUCUAUGCAAUUGGGCCACUCUUCCCCACAAGCUUCACCAAGAGAACAAUUUCAACAAACCUGCUACCGGUAUCAGAUUACACCAACUGGCUCAAUAGCAAACAAGACGGUACAGUGUUAUACAUCUCAUUUGGUAGUUUCGCUAAUUUGAGUAAACAGGAUAUUCUGGAAAUAGCACAAGCCAUUCUGAUAAGUAAGGUGAGUUUCAUUUGGGUGCUACGUCACAAUAUCUUAGGUUCUGAAGAAAGAAACAUUUUGCCUCUUGGAUUUGAGGAAGAAACUGCAGGUAGAGGAUUAGUUGUGCCAUGGUGCUCUCAACUAGCAGUACUAUCACAUCCAGCAGUUGGGGGUUUUUUGACUCACUGUGGGUGGAACUCAAUCUUGGAGAGCAUAUGGUGUAAAGUUCCAAUGGUGUGCUUUCCUAUUUUGACGGAUCAACUUACUAACAGGAAAUUAGUGGUUGAUGAUUGGAGAAUUGGUGUGAAUCUUUGCACUGGAAGAUUAAUCAGGAAGGAGGUAGCAGCAGAGAAUAUUGGAAGGAUAAUGAGUAAAUCAGAUGAAUUGAGGAAAAAUAUAGAGAAAACAAAGAUGAUCCUUCAGAAAGCACUUUCUGAUGAGGGGUCUUCAGAGAAGAAUCUCACUCAAUUCAUAGAAGACAUGAAGAACAAGAUUCUUCAGAAAUAAUGAGUGGCCCACAAGAGCUUUGCUGUCAGCCUGUCACUGUACUUACCAACUUUGGUUCUGCAAAGCCAGAACUUAGCAAGUGAUGUUUUAGUUCUAAAAUUAUUGUUGCAAAGUGAAUAAUGAUAUGACAUACAACAAUUACUAAGCCUUAAACUAGUUGGGUCAGGUUUAUGAAUCCUCAAAAUUUCCUCCUCUAUUGUAUGAUGGCAUGCAUGAUUGCAGGAAAAAAACUGCUCAGCAAUUCAGUCAGACGAUAAAUGUAGCAUGACAAUAUAUUCUA